GGCUUGUUUGGUUCGCAGAAGAGACGGGGUUCGCGAUUUCGCUUGCUUGCUCGGGCGAGCACGAACACGAGUUUCAGUGGUCCAGAGCAAUCACGUUGGUAAAUUGGGAGACGAGAGUGGUGCUAUAUUAUAACAGAAUGGCUUGUCACGCUCUUGGACGGUGUCGCAUCUGCUCUCGGAAACACAAGAUACCCGUCUUCGGAGCCGAAGCGACUCAGCACGUUUUUAUCCAGAAAUCCAACUUGAAAUUGAUUAUUCUAAAUACCGUAUGUAUCUUCUGCAUUGGAAAAAUCGAAUGUCUCGUGAAGAAGAUGGACCCAAGUCAUUCGUUUGGAAAUGUUAUAACGGAUGAUGAAUUUAAAUUUAAUUUUUCUUCAUCUCCUCAUGGACAACAAUCGGGACAGAGUAACGAGCUAAUUACGACAACGGAUAAUCAACAAUCGACAAGGAUAAAUGUACAUGAUUCAAAAUCACAAAGAUUUGGAGAAAGUGUCGGGGAACAAAAUGAGCAGUGUAAUUGUGGUAUGUGCUACUUCUGUAAUAGUGGAUUACCGCUUCUGGUUAAUGUGGUUCACGACCAAUCUAGAAGUAUCUCGCCGUCUUCGAGGCAAGAAAAAACAUUUACCACCUUGGAACCUUCAAAAAAACAAGGCUCGUGUCAACAUAACCUCUCACAACACAAAUCCGAGGCAAUGUCUCAUCACUCACAAGUACCUGAAAUGAGAAAUAGCCCAGGAACCACUGAGCAAAGUAGUGUAUUACAAUGUACAGACAUUCCACGAGUCAACCUCCAGUAUAAUCAACCAAGCAACAGUAAUUAUGCAUCAUCGUCGGCGGAUAACACUUCUGUGGAUUGUGCAGCGUACACAAGCUCGCAAACCGGAAAGAAGAGUCAGCGAGAUUUAUUCUGUGAUUUUUGCAAAAAAAAAUUUACCCAUGCUGGAGAUCUUAAUAAGCAUCGAAGAAGACAUACUGGCGAACGACCCUAUGAAUGUGCGGAGUGCCAAAAGAAGUUUGCGCAUGCGUCGAAUCUUGCAAGGCAUCAACGAGUCCAUUCUGGAGAACGACCCUUUUCCUGUACUCAUUGCGAAAAACGUUUUACCAGAAGAGAUAAGCUUACUAAUCAUGUUGCUGCCAAACGAUGUAGAAAUAGAACAACAAAUUUUGUAGAUUCGCCGAUGGGACAAUGAAAAAACAGAAAGAAAGAAAAGGUGGCAAUGAACAUGUGAGAAGUCGAAUCCAAAACAAUAUGUAUCUUAAACACAACUUAUACCUCGUUAUAUAUAUGAGAAUAUACCAAAUUGUGUAUACUAAUGUAUAUUUUUUUAAAGAUCAAUGUUACUUUACUAUUGUGAUAUGUACUGAAAUUAUAAGUAAAGAUGACACAGAAUUUUAUCGAUUAAUAGAUGUUUUUUGAGAGAACGUGUUUUUCGAGGUUUUAAGAAUUUUAGCGGAUAUGUAGAUAAAAGUUUAUUUCCAACUAUUGCGAUAACAUUAUAGGCUGGAUGUCAUGGCCGACUUGUGCCAUUGAUAGAAACAGUUGUAGUGCACACAAUUCGAUUGUAACUGACAAUGCACUGUAGGAGACUUUGCUUCUUUACAGGUUUUUUUUUUUGGUCAAGUUACUACAAGUGUGAAUAUUCUAACUGUAAGGUGGAGCACAUUCUAUAUGCUUUAAAUGCAUAACAGAACUUACAGGGGGCUAUCCAAUAUUAUUGACCCAUGUAGCACAAAAUGUUCAAAAAUGUUCGAGAUCACAACGACUUUGUGAGCUGUAUGGGAAAAUAGAAUAAACGUGAUGCAACUAUUUGUGAACAGGAUAGCAAAUAUAA